AUGUCGACGGGUCGGUUUGCUGCGGGAGCCGCGGGCCGCAGCAUCAAGCAAAAGGUGCAGUCCAACCGCGGUGCCCCGUACAACGCUCGCUUCUUUAACUCCCUCUGGACGUACCGCUGCGGGCAGCUCACAACGAGCAACGUGCGCCGUCUCAAGGAGACAGGGAUUCCGUUAGAGUACGCCUCCAGCAGCAGCAAGAGCGGCGGCGGUGUCAACGAAGACGAGCAGGAUGCCACACCUGUUAAGAGUGAUCUGCAACCCCACGCGCUGCACAAGUUCAUGGGCGACGACAAUUGGUCCCUCCUUGUCGCGGUGCCGAAGAACUCGGACCACUUCCGCAAUGUGGUGGAGUGCUCGCGCGGGAGUCUCAUGGUUGGCCACACCGACCCGCAGCUGUUCCAUUGGUUCAAGCAGCUCGGCACCCUUCCACCACGCGCGAUUCUCUCCGGCCCGCUGGAGCUGCUGUCGGGCGACAUGCAGCAGGAGGCGUGGGAGCGCACGUUCGUGCGGCACCCUGUGAUCCACAGCAUCGCGCAGGACAUGUGGACCCGCUGCGAGAGUAAGACGGAGGAGGAGAAGGUCACGAUCGAGCGGCGCGAGCGCGAGGAGGACGAGAGGCGCAUGCGCCGCAUGAGCAGCAGCGACUGGCGCGCGAAGUUUCGCGAGCGCGAGCGCAACCCGACGGCGGAGGAGGACGAGGAGCGGCCGGUGUACGUCGUGAAGCCGGACACCUUUGCGCUGCUGCGGCUGCGGCCGGAGGUGAUGCUGUGGAUGAACGUCGCCUCGGAGACGCAGCGCGUGUGGGAGCCGGUGAUUGCCGACCCCGACCCGCUCUGCCGCUGCGCCCCACGCUUCCUCCGCAUGCUCAAUCUCGCGAGGCAGAAACUCGUGCCGUCGCUCAACAUGAACUUCUCCCUGAAACUCACCAACGCGUUCGUGUUCGAGAUAGACGCGAGGGGGCUGUGGGCAAUGGGGACGCAGGAGAACCUCGACCCCGGCGCCGCCGCGCGGGAGGAGUGGACAGAGCUGCGGCUCGAGUUCGGCAAGGGGCAGGUAAUCCAGACGGAGCAGGAGAUGGAGUGGUGGGUGCGUGGGCUCACGAAACUCGGCGCGCCGGAGAUGUCGCAGUCGAACAGCAGCGUCGAGGACGCUGGCAUGAACCCAGAGGACUAUGAUUACCGCCACAUAUGA